AUGCAGACAAUUAUUCACACUGGGGACAAAUCUUAUAUGUGUCAAAUGUGUAAUAAAUUAUUUCGACGGAAAAUUGAUUUAGAUAAGCAUAUGCUUAUUCACACGGGAAAGAAACCUCAUCCAUGUUAUGUAUAUAAGAAGUCAUUUACAUUAAAAGGUGAUCUAAACAAGCAUAUGCUUAUUCACAUAGAAGAGAGACCUCAUGUGUGUGAGAGUAUAAUGUGUUUUGUAUGCAGUAGUCUAAGUAUAGAAGAUGAAUUUGAAACUAUUGCUAAUGCUACAGCUGUAGUAUGUUUCGUAUGCAGUAACUUCUGGAAGUGCUUUGUUAGAAGUUCUCCCGUAGAGAACCUG